UCGUUCCCUCCGGGCAUCAGUCCUCCUCUGACCCUGGACAAUGCGGAUAACCAUAGCGGAGUGGUAGUCGUGAUCACUUCUCUCUUCCUCGUUCUCACCGUUGCUGCUUUUGCAGCCCGGGCAUUCUCAGCCUAUCAAAGACACAAUGUGCAGCGGGAUGACUACAUCUUUACUAUACUUGUGAUCAUAGCAUCUAUACAAGCCUCAGUGGUCCUAUUACAGGUUCAUUUUGGCUGGGGGGCCCGAAUAGAGUCGAUUUCAGACAGAAACCUAGAUCGAGUGCUCAAGAUCGGAUAUACCGCGGACAUCUUCGCCGUCGUCGUCGUGGGUUUCUCCAAGAUUACCACGUGUCUGUUCUAUGAAGCCCUCUUCUCAAAAAUGAUGCUGCGCUUUAUCCGUACAAUCCUGGCGGGGAUGAUUGUCUGGACAGUCUGUGCGAUGCUCUUAGUCGGGAUUCGCUGCGGCCAUACACCAUGGAAUGACAUUGGCCCUCAUUGUUCUGUUCUGUUUAAUCGAUUAGCCGCCUUGACCAGCGUCGAUUUCCUCACGGAGAUUCUGCUUUGCGUGUAUUCCGGCCUGAUCAUCUGGAAACUCAAACUCUCAGCGCAGAAAAAGCUUUUGGUCCUGUUAGCUCUCGAGUGUCGGAUUGUACUCAUCCCCCUCGCAGCCAUCCACCUCUACUACAUGAAGAAACAGUUCGACGCCCCCGAUCCGAUUCUCCACGGAGCCUACGCAACCGUAGCAACCGAGCUAUACCUCCUUUUCAGCGUCCUCUCUCUUGUGACCACCUCCCUCAAAUCCUUCCUCGCGGUCUACGUGGAUCAAACCGGCAUUUCCUACACGGAUGGAACUUCUCGAUCGGCGACGAAAUCAGCAACCGCCGCACAGGGAGACACCCUCUCCUCCUCCCACAGGGCCAUUCCUUAUAGCUGCUCGGCCGGGAUAGAACGAGGCAAGGGCUGGGAACGAAUGGAGGACCCGGAUGCAGUCCCGGGCCCGGUCCCUGGUCAAGAUCCUCCGAACCGCUUUCAGAUCCUGAAAACCGUGCAGCUUAGUAUCCGGGAUGAACCGAUAGAGCUCUUAGAACGCAGA